UGCAGAGAAGUGUUGCGGGGCACGGAGAGGCCUUUGUGUGUUGUCCACUGUGUUAACAGAGGAGUGAAAAGUUUCCAACUUUACCACUGUUAGAUUCUUAGAGCAGCAGGGAGCAGUGAAAAUCUAUGCUGUGUGUGUGUGUGGUUACAGCUGUCUGAAGAGGCUGACCAUCAGUUGCAAGCACACACAAGAUCACUGGUGCUUUGCUGCAACCUGUUGUUUCCGAGAGGAUGGGCUGGUGGUGUGGUUAUGACUCCAUAUGCGAAGACUACCUGUAGACAGCAAUGGUGUAUUAUACGAUGAGCUCUGAAACUAUGUCGACAAGACCCUGUUACUGACAGCCUGAUUCCACUGGAAUCUACCCAUUUGUCACCGGCACAAUGCCUGUGCAGGCUCCACAAUGGACAGACUUCCUCUCCUGCCCAAUCUGCUGCCAGACCUUCGAUGAGAACAUUCGCAAGCCCAUCAGCCUAGGCUGUGGACACACAGUCUGCAAGAUGUGUCUCAACAAGCUCCAUCGCAAGGCCUGCCCUUUCGACCAAACCACUAUCAACACAGAUAUAGACAUGUUACCUGUGAACUCUGCACUGUUACAGCUGGUGGGAGCCCAGAUUCCAGAGCCGCAGUCUGUCACCCUGUGUACUGGAGCAGAAAAUACCAAACACUACGAGGAGGCAAAGAAAUGUGUGGAAGAACUGGCACUGUACCUCAAACCACUCAGCAGCACCAGAGGUGUGGUGCUCAGCAGUGCUGCACAGAGUGUGCUGAGCAGACCCAUGCAGAGGAAGCUGGUUACACUGGUUCACUGUCAGCUGGUGGAAGAAGAAGGCCGAAUCCGGGCGAUGAGAGCUGCCCGCUCGCUAGGGGAGCGCACUGUUACUGAACUCAUCCUUCAGCAUCAGAACCCUCAACAACUGUCAUCCAAUCUCUGGGCCGCUGUCAGAGCCCGAGGCUGCCAGUUUCUUGGACCAGCUAUGCAGGAAGAAGCCCUCAAACUUGUCCUACUUGCACUAGAAGAUGGUUCCGCACUCUCCAGAAAAGUCUUGGUGUUGUUCGUAGUCCAGAGACUGGAACCCCGAUUUCCUCAAGCCUCAAAGACCAGCAUUGGACACGUGGUGCAGCUGCUAUACAGAGCCUCCUGCUUCAAAGUCACAAAGAGAGAUGAAGAUUCUUCCCUGAUGCAGCUAAAGGAGGAGUUUCGGACAUAUGAAGCACUACGGCGGGAACAUGACUCACAGAUUGUGCAGAUUGCAAUGGAAGCCGGCCUUCGCAUCGCUCCUGAUCAAUGGUCCUCCCUCCUUUAUGGAGACCUGUCACACAAAUCUCACAUGCAAUCUAUUAUUGAUAAGUUGCAGACGCCGGCCUCCUUUGCACAGAGUGUUCAGGAGCUGACAAUUGCCCUGCAACGAACUGGAGACCCUGCCAACCUGAACCGGCUUCGGCCACACCUGGAAUUACUGGCCAACAUCGACCCCAGUCCAGAUGCACCUUCUCCAACGUGGGAACAGCUGGAGUGUGGCCUAGUGGCAGUAAAGACUGUAGUGCAUGGCCUGGUGGAUUUUAUCCAGAACCACAGCAAGAAAGGAACCGACCAGCAGCAGUCAGCACAGAGCAGCAAGUACAAAACAAGCAUGUGCCGGGACUUGCGACAACGGGGCGGUUGUCCUCGAGGAGCCAGCUGCACUUUCGCCCACUCACAGGACGAACUUGAAAAGUUUCGCAUGCGGAACAAGAGGUUAGCAGCUGGCCGGCCCCUCAGUCAGUCCCUUACCCAACUCAGCAAGGUCGGAGGGGUGAUGCCGGUCACAUCCAGCACCUUAUCAGACGAGGGCUCCUUGGAAACUGGCACGAAGCCCGUGUCCAUUCAGAACGGCAUGGUGGCAGCGAGCAGCAGCAUCGCACAGCUGAUCUCCCGCGGGACUGACUGUACCUACGACAUCGCCAUGAAGUCGGGCAAGAUGAGUGACAUGAGCAUGAGUGCGCCGGGAUCAGUGUCGGGAUCUCCACCUGACUCCAGGAUGGAUAUGCCCCAGAAGAGCUCUCUUGGUGCCUUGCCCCUUAACACCCUUUCUGCACCACCCCGGAUCAGUGCCGAGCUGCCACCCAUGCCAGUCUCCAAGCCAAUUCAGAUGGUGCCGCGGGGAUCACAGAUGUACCCACCCACUCAGCAGCCAGACGUGUACUAUCAGGACCCACGGAGCUCUGCUGCUUCCUAUGAGGCAGCGCCAUAUGCACCAAACCUUUACUACCCUCACCACUCUUCAGGAUCUGUGACUCCAUACCUGCCACAGUAUAGACGGGCUAGCAACGUAGCAGAACCUCCAAUGCCGCCUUCCACUCUUCAGUAUCAGGACCAUUACCCAACCUACAUUUCAGAGAGGAUGGGAAGUUCUCAGUACUCCAGCCCUCAGCAGUAUCCGCUGGCACAGCCGGUGUCAGGAAUGUACCCGGCGCAUUAUGGCAGUCGCCGGGUGUACCACCCUCCACAGUCCUACACGAGGGAGGACAUGCGAAACAGCCCCAUACCAGUCGACAUGCCAUCUGCAGUCACCAACUACAUCACAGAGCCCAGGGAACGCUAUGCUCCUGAAAACUACUACACUGUGAGCCCUCACCCCAACCAGAUCAGGCCUCCUUACAGGGAUCCUCAUGGCAGAGUGCCCCAGCACCAACCUCAACCUCAGCCAAGCCUGGAUUACCUUCACCGACGUCGGAAAGAGUUAAUGGCCCAGCUGGAGGAGCGGAAAACCAUUUCUCCACCACCCUUCCCCCCAACCGCAGCACUGCCAUCAUCCUUUGUCGAUGUUUCCCCGGAGUAUUCCGAUGAAGACCUGAAAGCAGUCAAGAAGUACAAGGACCAUGAAUACACUGCUCAAUACUCACCCUGGUCUUGUGAUACUAUUGGUUCCUACAUUGGCAGCCAGAAUGCACAGUCCAAAGACGUUAUGCCUUCCAGUGGCAUGGAGAUGAAUAACGUUGACAGUAAGGGCCUGCGGGAGCAGCUCAUGAACCUGGAUAUUCAGAGGCGAGCAGCCGAGAGCAAGGAGGAGGAUCCCAUCAUACCCUUUGGGGAGUUGCCAACUGUUUCCAAAUUUGGUGCCAUUUCUCGCACCUCCAAAACCAGCUAUCAGACAACAGGGCCGGUGCAGGCUGUGGCCUCACAAGGCAUUGCCACCAAGCCCAUCAGUGUCUCAGAUUACAAUCCGUACGGAAACCACAGCAGUUGGACGAACUCACCAGUCUCAUACUCGUCACACCAAACCAUGCCUACUCAGGGACAUUUCAUCGACAGAGAGAGACUGAGCAUGCAGGAAAUAGCUGCCCCAGGGAAGCAUCCUGUGCCCCAAAUGCCUCCAACAGACCGGGAGCAACUGAGGUUGGAGCUGCAACAAGUCAACCAGCAGAUCAGCCAGCAGAACCAGCUCCGAGGAAUUGAGCCUGCUAAUAGCCCAGUGCUGUUGCAGCGAGAGGUCGCCAACCAAGCUCCACAACAACACACCUCGUGGCCCAGCCUAAUGUCCAGUGAGCAGCUGAGCUUGGAGCUGCACCAGGUCGAACGGGAGAUUGGCAAGAGGAAGUAUGAGCUGGAGACGGAAAGUCGGCCCUCACUGGACAUACAGUAUAAACUGGCAUCUAACAAUCAGACUGAGAAUGGACAGUCUGAGCAGCAGCAUAAGGCCCCUGAGGACCUGCAGCCUUCCCUCAGUGAGGGAUCCAAGGUCGGGGCCUCCAGCUUCAUUACAGAAAGCUCCAUCAGUGCUCUGACCAAUAAAGCUGCCUCUCUGAACCUGGCCCCCGACACAGAGGGAGCUGGGGACCGCUGCGACAGCCAACAGAACGGGCUUUAAACCAACAAAGCUGGCAGCCUGCCCUGGACAAGCCUGCCUGAACGUCUCGUUAAGAAAUGCAGCACUGCAACCAACAGACUUGACAUGCCACUCAUCUAGAUGCAAUGCGUCAAAGUAGCAUUGAAUUUUUUUGUUGUUGUUGUGUAUGUGUGAAUUAACAUUUUGUUUUAUUAGCACGCAUGCCUUGGCUUGCAAGGCAUGGGACAUAUCCUUAUGAUUACCUGGUUAAUCUUAGUGAAGUAAUCUCAUUUUAUUAUAAACCCCUACUUCAGAACUGUGCCUGCAACAGCGCAAGUUGAUGAAGUCACAUUCCCAUGGGAUUCUGAGAUGAUGCGACGAAGGUCGACGUCACAGAUGGAACCUUUUUAGUUCCACCGCAGUGAGGAGCAAAUACUUCCACUAACAUACUUACCAAAAGGCUGUUACUUUCUGGGAGGAGAGAGCUCUGGCAUCUUUCUUUUUAAGGUCCUUCACCAGAAGGCUUUACAGCUACAACGGGGAAAGGAAAAGUCAGGAACACUCUCGCAACCAGAAAAGUAACAUUCUUAAAUAUUGUCUUUGUGCUUUCCACAGGGUGGAAAUUAUAACUAACCCAAGAGCAUCCUUUUACUGGGAAAGGUUUAUUGCUUACUGAACACAUUCUUUAUUGAAGACGCUGCCUUCCUUUGCUGGGCCUGGCUCUACAGAGUCACAAGGAGACUGAAAAGUCACUCACACUGGAGAUGUGGGAGGGGGGGGGAUUUGGUCGUAGAGUCCCAGUGUGGGUAGCUGCCGAGACCCAGGGUCCCAGUGUGGGCAGGGGCUGAGACCCAGGGUCCCAGUGUAGGCAGGGGCCGAGACCCAGGGUCCCAGUGUGGGCAGGGGCCGAGACCCAGGGUCCCAGUGUGGGCAGGGGCCGAGACCCAGGGUCCCAGUGUGGGCAGGGGCCGAGACCCAGGGUCCCAGUGUGGGCAGGGGCCGAGACCCAGGGUCCCAGUGUGGGCAGGGGCCGAGACCCAGGGUCCCAGUGUGGGCAGGGGCCGAGACCCAGGGUCCCAGUGUGGGCAGGGGCCGAGACCCAGGGUCCCAGUGUGGGCAGGGGCCGAGACCCAGGGUCCCAGUGUGGGCAGGGGCCGAGACCCAGGGUCCCAGUGUGGGCAGGGGCCGAGACCCAGGGUCCCAGUGUGGGCAGGGGCCGAGACCCAGGGUCCCAGUGUGGGCAGGGGCCGAGACCCAGGGUCCCAGUGUGGGCAGGGACCGAGACCCAAGGUCCCAGUGUGGGCAGGGGCCGAGACCCAGGGUCCCAGUGUGGGCAGGGGCCGAGACCCAGGGUCCCAUUGUGGGCAGGGGCCGAGACCCAGGGUCCCGGUGUGGGCAGGGGCCGAGACCCAGGGUCCCGGUGUGGGCAGGGGCCGAGACCCAGGGUCCCGGUGUGGGCAGGGGCCGAGACCCAGGGUCCCGGUGUGGGCAGGGGCCGAGACCCAGGGUCCCAGUGUGGGCAGGGGCCGAGACCCAGGGUCCCAGUGUGGGCAGGAGCCGAGACCCAGGGUCCCAGUGUGGGCAGGGGCCGAGACCCAGGAUCCCAGUGUGGGCAGGAGCCGAGACCCAGGGUCCCAGUGUAGGAGUGGGUUGGUUUAUAGGCUGGGUGAUCUUGAGGGUACCUUGCAGAAUUGUUUGUAGGAUGAUCCUUUGCUGCAGUGACAUUUAGGCGUGUCCGCGAUUUGGAGAGGUUACAGGUGGGAUUGUGAGCCCUGGUUCUCACUCAUCUGCACUCCAACACUGGCACACGGGAGCGAAGGUCACAGUAAUCCCAAUUAUUUCCAGUGGAAACUAGUCAAAUAAAAUAGAACCACAGAGAGAAAAAAAUUAUUCAAAUGACUUUGAUGCACAAAUCAAAAGGGAUGCUCUCUCUUCAAGUUGCAGUGUGACCUGGACAAGUUGGCUAUCUAAUAAUCAGUUUCUCUAUUGUUAGUUGAGUGGCGUGUUUGCGGAUCCUGGGCACUGGUUCUGGAGGCCUGAUUGAAGGAUUCCAGUCACCCAGCCCUGGGUCAGACAUAUCUCCAUCAAAGUCCUUGCGUGGACACAGAAGAAUGCAGGGUCCCUGCGGUCCAUGUCUCCCAUGAAGGUGAGCACUUGACCAGCCAUUGACACUUGUAAUUUUCACAUUGAAUUUUGACUUAAUAGAACAUUGGCUGGGAAGGUUAUUCAUUACUGAGUUUCUGCUUGGAAUUCGAGCUUUGUGCAAUUUGUGUGUGUGUGUGUGUGUGUGUUUUUUUUAAAGCAGAAAAGUUCCUUUUGACACAACUUUUAAAAUAAACAAAAAAAUUGUGUGCUUUGCUGCAAACUUCCUCUUGACAUCGAGGAGGCUGAUUUUGUUUCGAAAUACGCUUCAGAAACCAAGUGGUUUUAUUUCAGAUCCAACCGUGUCAGGUCCCCAGCUCUUCCUCCUUUUUCGCAGUUUGAUGGAGCUGAUCUCGGUAACUGUGCUGACUUGAGGCUAAACCAAGGGUUAUACCUGACAUUCUGGGCAUUUUGUCACACAUAGUGGUCCCAAGUGCAUCAUCAUGUGCUCAGUGUCUGCACUGUGUUACACAGGAAAGGACCUGAUGAAUCCUGUUAGACUGAAAGGGACAUCACACAGCAAGGAGUUUUCGGAGUUUGGAUUAAGAGAGGUGAUUUAAAAAUUUCCAGAGACAUCCCUAGUUGAUUUGAGUUCUCACUUCCGAAUUCAUGCCCAAACUUCCGCAACCCCCACCCCCUUCCACACACACUAACUUCAGUCGAACUGGCCUUGGUUAGUACUUUGCCCUUUGCCCACAGGUUUAAUACCCCCUUGUUUAGCAGCUGGUAUCUAUGCCACCUUGGAGGUUAAAUCAACAAGUCAAUAUUGUUGUCCUCAAACGUGCCAGGGAAGUGUUCACAAAACAAUUCCUAAAUGCCUGGGGAGCAGGGAGACAUUCCUGAUCGAAGCCGGUGGUGCAGUCUCUUGUUGCUUCAAGGAAUGUCCUAGCUGAGGAUUUACUCCUCUUCCCCACCCAACCCUAUGACUCCCUCGGUGCCACCUCUCCCAUCUCGUGCCUUUCAGCUGCUGCUCAUCGUGCUUUGUACUCCCACCUGCCUGUAACAGGUCGGUGCAGUUCAGACUGAUGUCUCUCAAUGAUCGAGAGUGAGAUAGGAAGCUACCCAGAGUAGGUAGCGCACAGUGGCAUGUUCCCUGCAAGGCCUGCAAUAUCAUUGUUUGAAUGUGAGUGGCCGGGCUACCAAUUGAGAGAGGGAGGGUUAUCAGUUCAGCUUUGGGGGAUUGAUGAAGAGCUAGACUGAGCAAAUUGGACUGUUUGGGGUGAAAGACUAUUGCAGGUUGAAGACCGGAGACAGAGAAGACAAGGCAGCAUUCCAUCAGAAACUCCUUUCCCCAACCAGAACAUUAACAUCUCCCCAUUUUAUUUCCGAUUUCUAGCAAGUGCAGUUUUCUCUUUUUCUCAGUGGGAGUUAGUGUGAGUGGGGGUGCCCAGAACAAACUGUGGAGGACAACAUAAUGAGGGGAGAGCAAGGAUCUGUUUUAGGUCCUGAAAUGAGAGAGCCGAGGUCAGUUCACAUCACGGCCACUGCCCAGAGACUUUUCAAACCUCUCUCUGGGAUGUUUUAAACUGAAAUAUUUCCUGCAGCAAAGCACUACCUGUUUAAACCCAUGUUGCUCAAUGUAUUGUCUACAGUAUCAGUCGUAAAUCAAAUCAAUUUAGGUUUCUUUGCAUCAGGUGUGUAACUCUUUCCUUCCUAAUACUAAGUGCAUCAAUCUUGUUCCUCCUGAUGGAAUACCACUAGUAACGCAUCAGUAAUGCUGGUACAGUGCUAGGAGUGUACCCCUCGCGGCGUGAGUGUACCCCUCGUGAUGUCGGGUACAGUUCCGGGCUUGUAUCCCUCACGGCGUGGAUAUCUCUCAUGGUGUUGGGCACAGUGACUUCCUUCUGACUCUAGUACUUCCCAUCUCUGCCCCAUCAGCUGUUUCAUUCCCUUCACAGCUUCAGAACCGUAAUCUUGCCAAUGACUUCUGUGAAGUUGUUUUUCCCAAUAGGGAAUGAAACUGAUUAUUACUUACUCAGAUUUGGAGAGGGGAGGGGGCUGCUGAUGAGCAAUGAUACAACAGGUGUAAUAUGCACACUGAUUCAAUUGUUGGCCAGUAAGAUUUUCUAGGGCAUUCAUCCUCGAGCAGUUGUUUUGGUGAAGAUUGGACACCAAAAUGAACAACAUGAAGACUCUUUGCUGCAUGCUCCUUGUGGAGGUUAGCACUGAGGUCUGGGUACAGAGUGGAGCUGGCUGGUCCUCUCUUGAAUGACUAACAGAGCACGCAUACUUUGUACCAGCACUUUCAUUGGGUGAUCUACCACUCCAAAUGUGUUGAACUCUUGCCACUGAUUUAGUGCUUCUGAAUUGUAAAGAGUUAGGGGGGAGGUGCUUUCACUGUUGCAGGCCCAGUAGUAUUGUCCACCAAUCUCCUGACCAGUGUGCACAACCUUUGGCUGGGGCUGGGAAUAGCUGUUCAGGCUGUAACCAGCCACCUGCUGCAUUUGUAGUCAUUCACACUUACAUUGGUUAUGCUGUGUAUAUCAGUGUCUGUGCAUUGGUCAAGAUGAAGUCCAGGACUUUUCCAAUCUUUUCGAACACGUUCUCAUUGACUCUAGUAAGCCUGUUAUACUCUGCCUUUCCAUUGAGCAUAGCUCACUGCAGACAACUUCCAUCUGAAAGCUGGGGUUCCAGGUACUAACUCCAGUCAAUCGUUGGAAUUGUCAGUCCUGUAAGCAAGCAGACUCUAUCUACUUCACUCUGUCCCUGGCCUCCAUGUGGCUUAGGGAAGCUCUGGGUCCUUUCGAUUUCUUGGACACAGACCCCACAGUUCAAGACCUGGUUUGUUGUCGAUUCCACCAAAAACCAGGAUCCUGUGCAGAAUAUUCCAGAGUCUGUCACUUUGGUCAGUUUAGCUUCCCAAAUGUUGCUUCCUUUCCUUUAGAAAUUAUGAGCACCAGAUCUGAACAAGGAACUGAACCUUACUGACAUCAUUAAUAUUAGUUUGUCUCGCUCCCGCUGAUAAUCAGCGAGAGCCUCAAGAGUGCGCAUGCCCCAUGAAUUGCGCCUUGGCAGUGUGGAAGUGGGAGCUGUCUUCACAAAUGGCCAAAUAUUGACCCCUUGCGUGGGUUUCACACAGUACGGGGCGUCGUACAGUAGAGUUUGACAAUGGCACAUUUGGUUUAGUUUAUAAACCGCUGCCAAUAGUAGUUUCUAGCUGCUUUCUACAGCCUCGGCGCACUGUAUGUUUCCUUUUGAGAUGCCAACGCAGAAAUGUCAGCAGUGAGAGUGUUUGUGAAAUUGCAUCAGUUAAUCUCAGACUGGCUAUUUUCUGUAUUUUUAAUCAGCUGUUCACUAUCAGCAAAGGAAUGAAUGAAUGAAUGAAUUUUAUUCUACAGUCGGGGCUGCACUAGUGCGAUAGAUUGCCUUUCAUCCCCCACCGGGUUUUACCUUUCUAGCACGAAAACUGCACAUUUCUAACCACAAUGAUGCCAUGUGCUCGCCAACCCUCCUCUCAAACUGGCAGAUAACCUGUCAAAUAACCUUCAAAACCCCAAGGUUCUGCCAGCCUCAAACUCAUUUCUGCCAGCACAAUUGCCGUUUAAUAAAAAUAGAUCCAGCCAGUGUCUUCAGUAGGUUGCAGUCAACAUCUCUCAGUCUGUCUCAUUCCUUCAUGCUCUAUUUCUCUCCUCCUGUCUCUGACUUGUUCUCACUCUGCCUUGUUUUUUUUCUCUCUCUUGCUUUCUGUCUCCUGUACGCGCACUUUCUUGUUCUCUGUCUCCCAGGCUCUCUCUGUCUCUCUCCUUCUUUUCCCCCUUGUUCUUCACUUCUUCCCUCUCUCACACAUGAAAAUUCAAUUCCCUGUCUUGUUACCCUUUGGGUAGAGAGAGCAAUGAGUUCUGUGCAACUUUGUGGUGCUAAAUGGAAUGAAGAGUGAGAUAUGCCAAGACACUGUGUGGCGAAACUACCACUAGCCACAUGUAGGGAACUGCCAUCCUUAAUGCUUGCUUAAAGCCAAGUGCCCCACCUUGUGCCCCCCCACCUAUUGCCCAAUUUGACCCUGAACCUCCCAUUGCAACAGGCAGGUAUUUGGUUGGGGAGCACAUAAUAUCCGCAGGCUGGAGCAUAGAUCCUCAAAAGAAUUAGACUUCUAGCCAGCUACCACUCCCAUGGACUGUGGAUAUCACAUGUAGUGCCUGUGUCGUGGGCACUGUGUGCUCAACAGGUCCCAAUUUGAGAUCCCGAGUACACAAUUCCAAGCAUCACGGUUAGAAAUGUGCCACUUUUUACACACGACUGGAAGUGCAGAAUGUGGACGCAGGUGGCCAAGGCAGCUCUGGGCGGCUGGGUCUGCUACAUUGCCUACUACUCCUCCAUUCUCACACACGCAGCCCCAUCGUCCAUUUCAUUCUAUGCACUGGAUAUUAGGAAUCGCUAAGUGUACGAUAUACUUUUAUUUGGAUUUAUAAUGAGCAUAUGGACACUUUUCAGCUGCCCAGUAGUGUUUGGUUUUGCUAAGGGAUCCUAUCAAGAGAGUAAUACCAAUGGUUGCUAUGAGCUCUAACUGUGUCACAGGAGGAAACAGCCCACCACACCUGCUGCAGCCCAUCCUCGCAGUGAGAAUGUUGCCUUUCUCACACAUCAGCUUGUUUAGUUUUCUUAAAUUAAGGUAAAAAAAAAUUUCCUGAAAAUUUUGUUUGAUAUACUCCAGUAUGGAAUGUUUUAGAAUAUCUUUCUCCAAUGUGGAAUGUAGCUUUUUUCCUUUGUAAAGAAUUCACUGUGUGAACAUUGUUUUUUGCCUUUGUAUAGUACAAUAAUAUUCAGCUACAGGAUUGGGGGUGGAAAAGGGGAUAAAAAUAAACUGUACAUGAAAUUGUUCUGCUUGUCAGAAAGCGAAUGCAGUUCGUGUAACAAGAGAAGUUCACAAGGACUUCAAUAAAUUGUUUAAAA